UUUGAUACAUUUUUUAUUUUACAACUCAUUUUAUUUUUCUUCCUUUGUUUUUGAAUAUCAAAAGCACAUCCUAAAACGAAAAAAAUAUGGGGAGCAUGGUCGAAAUAAAUACUGUUAUAUUUUGUGACGUUCUGUUUUCAAUACGAUUCGUCUGCCUAUCUUGAAUCCUUAUGCCCUCUUUUGUUUAGGUUAUUUUUACCAAGGCCCUAUAUUUUUACGUGUGUUUGUGUGAGUGCACGCCCCGUCGGCUGUGAGGGUUUGGGUGUACCACCUGCCCAACAGCCUCAAGCAUCAUGGGCUCCACUCAGCAAUUCUCAUUAAAGUGGAACAAGUAUCAGCGGAAUUGGGACAAUUAUUUGUCAAAGUUGUUGAAUAAUCACAUGUUCAGUGAUGUAAUGGUGGCCUGUGAUGGACAAGUAUUUCAACUGCACAGGAUAGUCCUUGCAUCAUGCAGCUCCUACUUUGAGAAGACACUACAGAACAUCCCGGCCAAGGAGACGCCGAUAGUGAUGCUGAGUGAGAUAACGGAGCUGGAGAUGCGCACCCUCAUCGAGUUCAUGUACUGCGGGGAGGCCACCAUCGACCAGAGUCAGCUGGAGGCCCUGCUGAAGGCCGCCGAGCGUCUGCAGAUCAAGGGUCUGGUCAAAUCGGACGCUGACGAGGAGCUCUCCGACGACGCCGAGGACCGGGACUCUGCCGAGCGGCGCCGCCCGGAGCGGCCGGAGCCGGAGCCGGAGGAGCCGGACGGCUCCGAGUCGGGCCCGGAGAGCCCGGAGCCGGCGCCGGAGCCGGAGCGGCGGCGCUCGGUGCUGGACACGCCGCCGCCGCCGCUGCAGCCUCUGUCGGCCGGCCCGCAGCCGCCGCCGCUGCCGCAUCAGAUGGGAGGACCGCUGGCCAGCGUCGGACCGCAGGCGCUGCUGGCCGAGUUUGGUCGGGAGCCGCCGGUGGCCGCCUCCCCGGACAGCUGUGGGGACGGCCCGCCCCCGCCGCCGCCCCCGCCCGUGGUCACUCUGACCCCUCAGCGCGGAGAGGGUGCCGACCAGGCCGGGGGAGCCGCCGGCCGGCCGCCGCCGCCGCUGCUGCCCUACACGUCACCCCAGAACGGACACGGACACUUCUUCAUGCCGGGAAUGGGCGGAGACACACCCACAUCGCUCGGUGUCUCUAAGCGGAACACGCCCGAUUCGCCGCACGUGCUGGCGGCGCUGCAGCAGAUCUCUGCCGGUCUGAUCACCGUGGCCGAGGCUUCCAUCCAGUAUGACAUCCCCAUACCGACGCUGUAUGUCAACAUGCGCCGACAGGGUGUCAAGGCGCGCGGACGCGUCGGCAUGGCAGGCAAGAGGAAGCCGCGCGGUGUGAUGAGCGCCGAGAUGCGGGACGCCCUGGAGGAGAUACGGGCCGGAACCAUCACCGCCUCCAAGGCCUCUCGGAAAUACAACAUCACCCUACCACGCCUGGUCUCGUGGAUGCGCAAGACGGGCGUCAAGAGCGCCUACGCCAAGGGCCCGAUGGCGAUGCAGGCGGCCUCGGUCGCCCCGCCGGCCGUCCCCGUGCCCAUCCCUUCGCCGGUGCCGGAGAUGCGCCUGGCGUAGUUCUGCCACCUGACGGAGCGACCGUGCUGCCACCUGGCCGGCCGGCGCUGCCGAGCGACAGCAGCAUAUCCGGGCUCCCAGAGAGCCCGCACCCUCCCGUGACGUGUCAUCAGCCGCGGCGCGGCGCCUCGCGCACGAGCUGGCGCGCACCCCGCGCCAACAGCCAUCGCCUUGCAUGGACCACGUUAGACGCUGAUUGUAGUGUUCUAAACACAGUGUAUAUAUACAAGACGGCGUUCGAAAUGCCUUCAGGUAGCUUAACUCCGGUUUUGCCAAAGACAAGAGAUUUUCCUGUCGUAGCUAGUCAGCGAUGCGUUUCCUUACAGUAUUGUCGUCGAGUCUUUUCGUUUUUGCAAGACAGCUAGGUUUUGCAGCUAAGUAUUCUCAGCAGCUUUACGUUUCUUUUGUUUUUAUUUACAUAUGCAUGCUGUAUAUUGUAGCUGAGUGUUUUUUUUUCUGCAUGAUCUCCUACGUUUGUACCAAAUAGCAGGCCAGAACGUUUACAGUAUAUGUUUUCGUUCGUUGCGUAACUGUUUGACUUGGGUGAUGUAGCCCAGAUAUUUCGUUUUCUGUGCCAGUAGAAUUGGAUCUGUGUUCAACUCUCGGUUCUUGAGAGUGAACUGUUGCCUUUGUGAUUGUGAAUACUCGCGUUUUGUAUUAAUAUUCCUAGAUUGACUGGGUAUCAACCUUCCUGAUCAUUGUGUAGAGGAGUAGAACUCGCUACAUGUCGUGCAGA